AUGUACGGCGAACAUGGAAACAAACUCGUCCAACAUGCCAAACGCACUCAAGCCCUUACCCAUCUCCCUCCCUACCAAACCGAACUAGUCCGUGCUGUAGCUCGCGAGGUACGCGACCUCGACCGUGACGUCGCACACCUCCUCAGCCCAUUCGAAGGCAGCUUCAACCCCUCACAAGAACCAGCUAUUGCAUGUGCCCUCCUGGUCGACCACCUCUGCAUGCGUCGCAAUAAACGAUGUCUCCUCGCGUAUCACCGCGUUCGCGCUGAGAAGCUCGAGGAGCUGUGUUGGACGGGUGUGGAUUUGCUCGAACAGCAGCUGCCGACAGCAGAGGAAGGGGCCGGAGGCACAUCAGGCCAGGGGACGGGGGGACAUGCAGCGAUGGGCUCUGCCAGUGGGAACCACAGUUCGUUGAGUCCCGAGGAGGAAGAGUAUUUCCGCCAGUAUAGUGAUCUGCUCGCGGCGUACAAGGGGCAGUGGACGGAUAUUGAUCUUACGGGGAGCUUGGAACCCCCGAAGGAUCUAUUCAUAGACGUGAGGGUCUUGAAAGAUGCGGGGGAAAUUCAGACCGAGUAUGGGGUGAUCAAUUUGACGAAGAACAGUCAACUUUACGUACGGCAAGGGGACGUUGAACGACUCAUUGCCCAAGGGUUCCUGGAGCGUCUUGGUUGA